AUCACCCCCAAGAUGGCCGACGUCAUGGAGGAGUAUGAGAAAGAAGCUGGUUGCGUCCCUAUUCUGCAUCCAGAGGAAAUCAAGCCUCAGAGCCACUUCAACCACGGCUACAGCGAGAACGUCAGUCGCAAGAACCACGUGGACGACUACAGCACAUGGGACAUCGUGAAAGCUACACAGUACGGAAUCUUCGAGCGAUGCAGGGAGCUGGUGGAGGCCGGGUUCGACGUCCGGCAGCCGGACAAAGAAAACGUGACGCUCCUCCACUGGGCUGCCAUCAACAACAGGGUAGACUUGGUCAAGUACUAUAUAUCAAAGGGGGCCAUAGUGGACCAGCUUGGCGGAGACCUCAACUCCACACCGCUGCACUGGGCCACCAGACAAGGUCACCUAUCCAUGGUGGUGCAGCUCAUGAAAUACGGCGCUGACCCAUCCUUGAUCGACGGCGAGGGAUGCAGCUGCGUCCACCUGGCCGCCCAGUUCGGCCACACCUCGAUCGUCGCCUAUCUAAUCGCCAAGGGACAGGAUGUGGACAUGAUGGACCAGAACGGAAUGACUCCCCUCAUGUGGGCGGCGUACAGGACGCACAGUGUGGACCCCACCCGGCUGCUGCUCACUUUCAACGUGUCCGUGAACCUGGGCGACAAGUACCACAAGAACACGGCGCUGCACUGGGCCGUGCUGGCCGGCAACACCACCGUCAUCAGCCUGCUGCUGGACGCCAACGCCAACGUCGACGCGCAAAACAUCAAGGGUGAAACGCCGCUUGAUCUCGCCAAGCAGAGGAAGAACGUGUGGAUGAUCAAUCAUUUACAGGAAGCGCGGCAAGCGAAAGGUUAUGACAGCCCGUCCUACUUGAAGAGACUCAAGGUGGACAAGGAGGUAAGGCAGAAGGUGAUGUUGGGAACGCCCUUCCUGGUCAUCUGGCUGGUGGGCUUCAUCGCCGACCUCGACAUCGACUCCUGGCUUAUCAAGUGCCUCAUGUACGUGGGCGUCUGGGUGGCCGUGCAGUUCCUCUCCAAGGCUUUCUUCGACCACUCCAUGCACAGCGCUCUCCCUCUGGGAAUCUACCUGGCCACCAAGUUUUGGAUGUAUACAACUUGGUUCUACUGGUUCUGGAAUGAUCUCCCAUUCGCCACGGUCCACUUGCCAUUCCUCAUUAACACGCUGGCUCUGUUCUACAACUUUGGCAAAUCGUGGAAAUCGGACCCGGGGAUCAUCAAGGCCUCGGAGGAACAGAAGAAAAAGACUAUUGUGGAGCUGGCAGAGACCGGCAGCCUGGAUCUCAGCAUCUUCUGCAGCACAUGCUUGAUACGGAAGCCUAUCAGGUCCAAACACUGCGCUGUGUGCAACCGCUGCAUCGCCAAGUUCGACCACCACUGCCCCUGGGUGGGCAACUGCGUGGGAAGCGGGAACCACCGCUACUUCAUGGGUUACCUGUUCUUCCUGCUGUGCAUGAUCUGCUGGAUGAUAUACGGCUGCAUCUCCUACUGGAGGAUCCACUGCGCCACCACUUACGCCAAGGACGGCUUCUGGCUCUACCUGACCCAGAUCGCUGCGUGCUCGCCGUGGAUGUUCUGGAUGUUCCUCAACAGCAUCUUCCACUUCAUGUGGGUGGCCGUGCUCAUCAUGUGUCAGCUCUACCAGAUCGCCGCUCUAGGAAUCACCACCAAUGAGAGGAUGAACGCACGGAGGUACAAGCACUUUAAAGUCACGGCCACGUCUAUCGAAAGCCCCUUCAACCACGGUUGCAUCCGCAACCUCAUCGACUUCUUCGAGGUCCGCUGCUGCGGCCUGAUCCGGCCCGUGGUGGUGGACUGGACCACGCAGUACACAAUAGACUACGACCAGACGUCAGGCUCUGGCUACCAGCUUGUGUAAAAAGAGGAGUGUGAAGAAAGAAGGGGGACGGGGAGGGGGGGGGGGGGGGUGGUCCUCGUUUGUCGGACCGUCACGCAAAACAUCGGGACAGGAUUAGCAUGCUGGUAGGGGGCAACCCCCCACGCCCCCCCUUGUCACCACUAUUAGAGGGAGAUGGACAACAAAAAAAAAUCACAAAAUCGAAGCACCUCUGUUACUAGUAGAGAUGCAGUUGCAGUAUCCCCUCCUCAUUUUGUUCUUUUAUUUACAGAUAAGGGAAUGUCUUUUUAUCAUGAGUUCUGGGCUGGCAAAUAUUCUAACAACAACAACAACAAAUCAAAUGUGACACAGGUAUAUUUAUUUUAAACAUAUUUAUCGAUGAAAUGCUCCAUCAUUUUUUUGACAUUUUUUUAGCGGAGUAGGCUUUUUAUAUUCAGAGUAUACCUGUAGCUGUCAGAUGGGAUGGAUGGUGUAUUUAUUAUGGAUAGGACAGGAAGGUUCAUUCCAUGUUUGUAUCAAAAAGCUGUAAAGUCUUAUGUGUGUUUUUUGUUGUUGUUUUUGUCUGCCUACAAAAUUGCACUGAUUUAUUUUGUCUCGGCUGAUGCUCAACAAACGGGCCCAGCAGCACCUUUUUCCCAUUGUUUACUUUUCCUGUAUGUGUACAUAAAGAAUCUGGAACUCCCA